AGAUGGUGGACUCGGCUUUUGGGGUGGCUCUAGUUGUUGUGGAUAGUCGUUUUAUACUACAACUGCUUUCUACUUGUACUUACACGAGCGACUUAGUGGUACCCCCUAGUAGAUCGAUAGAAAAUGGUAGUUGAAAGAUAAAUAAAAGUCGGUAGUCCUUCUGUGGCUGCACAAGGUCACACUGUGGUGGACGGCGAAUCACCUCCUAUCCUAUCCUCUACACCGCUAUUUUUGACGUGAGUGAGUAGGUAGAAGUACCCUGAUUGGCUUCUUCCUCGCCUACUCCCAUGUCCACUUGAUUGACUUUUUAUUUAUUACACAACAAGAUGAACCAAUAGGUACUACUAGAGGUACAUUAGGAUUAGGAGUCCUAGACGUACAUACUAGACCUGCUGCUUCAUCAACCAGCUUGUCCAGCACACAGGAGCACAUCAAAAAUAUGGAGGCUGUUCUCGGUCGGUUCACCGACCGAUUCCAGCGCGUGCUGGAUCGAUUUCUGAAGGAAAAGGGAACCGAUCCCGACGUGAAGUCUAGUUUGCAGAGAGUGCUGAAGGAUGUGCUCUCCAAGCACGAAAGAUACGAGACAGCAGCUCAUUUCUGGGAGGAUCUUCAGCUGGUUUUGGAGGAUGCUAUCCCGACUCGCGAAUCACCGGCUUCGAAGCAAAAACUCCACAACAUGCGCUACAUUAACCUGGAAGCUGCCAAGGUUCUAUUUGAUGACUAUUCUUUUCAAGUUCUAUUUGAUGACUAUUGUUUUCAAGUCCGAACCGACUAACAUCAUCAUUGUUUUCAAGUCAAAGUGGUCACUCAGUGCUGACUCCAUCACCGAUUGGAGAUACAUGACAUGACUCCAUCAGAGAAGGUCGUUAUGAAGAUGUUCUCGUUGUGCUUGUGCUUUGAUAUAAUUUGCUUGAUGAUGUGGUGGUCACCGGCGUCAUCUUGAUGUUGAGAUCGUUAGCUCAAACUGAAACUAUAUAAGAGCUCUGAUGUUUGUUGGAGAUAAGAGGUGUAAAAUAUUAAAUUACCUUAUUCAUUGUUCACCAAUCAGUAGAUUGUAUUUGUAAGUUUACUCGACGAGGAGCAUUAUUGUAUGUUGUUCAGGUCCGUUUCUACACAGCCGAAACGGUUUCGACCUUGAUGGAGCAGGAUGGAGAGAUCAGAGCUGAGAUCUUGGAGUCUUGGAUUGAGACUCUCGAUGUGACGGAGGAAGAGGAAAGGAGCAAUAGUGAAAAUGGCAUCAAGGUUCUAGAGGCGGUGCUGAGUUCCUCCAUGAUCCGAGAAGGCAUGACAGGCGAACACCUAAAGCAAGUAACGGACUGUCUGCAAGAGAACGCGGACAAAUUCCAAGGAACGCAAGUGCUGCAAGCUUGGCUAGGAACGGCGUCGGCGUCAGCAGUGCCUGUUCCUACUGUAGGUGUAGUAGGAGGUUCACAUGGAGUUGGAGACUCCUUAGCGACAAGAAAUUCUAGUGGUGGUGCUGCUGCAGGAACAAUAAAUGUUUCUUCUCAUAGUAGUGGAGGAAUAAAUGUUUCUUCUCAUAGUAUAUUAGGACCAGGUGGUCUUGGAGGUGGACCUUCCUCAUCCAAUUCGUCGCUCAACGUUGGCAGUUCGGUUCUAGCGCAUAUCGAAACCGACACGAACUUGAAACAGUUAGAGCAAGCUUUACUAGGUGGAGGAGCGAUGCCGCCUAAUAGCAAUAGCAUAGCAGGAGGAGGAGGACCUGGCGGAGGAGCUUCGAGCUUGUUUGGGAGCGGUAUUGCGUCCGGGGUAGCCGUUGGCGCGCCACAGUGGACCCGCUUAGGCCAGGAUGGCAGUCAGGUGGUUCGCACCGGGAAAAUGGAAAAACGAGUCGUGGAAAGAGUGGAGAAACAGAGAAAGCUCCAAAGUGGACUCGGCAGCGUGUUUGCGGCACAAGUGUUUGCGGCACAACAAGCUGGAUCAAGCGGGGAUGCGCAUGCUGAAGCUACACUUGACAGUUUUUUGAAUCCACCGCCAGCUGCACCUCUAGAUUCAGUUAUCGGGGGACCAAAAGGAAAAGGUGCUAAAGGUAAAGGCAAAAAAGGCGCAGCUGCGUCUUCAUCCACCUCACCGGAAAGGAGAAAAGCAUCUGCAGCAGUGGAAAACCUAGUUGGCAUCUUGAAGAAGCCAGGAGAUCAUGCGAUAACGCCAAGAGGCCGUCGCGAACCUCUAGCAGGAGAUGAAGGCACUUCUAGUUCCAGAGGGCCGCGGAGAGGAGGACGGGAGCGGGGGAUAAUGGAAACGCAAUCGCCGUUGACCGUGGCUGACAUGACCGCGACGGAGAUGGAUCAGUGUCGGAGUGCAGUAGGAAGACAACUAGAAUCCGGUAUGGGCAUGCAAAGGUCAACCGACGUCGACAAAAAACUGCGCAUCACGUUGGAUCAAAAUCGAGACUGCUUUGGGCUCAUCGCUAGACUAGAUCCGACAAGCAUCCUCUACUUUCCGGAUAGGGUCUUCCUCUCGGCGCCGGAUUAUCUUCCGUACUAAUAAUUGAUAUCUAGUGAUCAUGUCCUUGUACUACUUACAACGUAGUACUAGAACAACAUCAAGAACAAGUUAUUUUACCAACUCCAUCGAUCAUGAUUUAUUAUAAUCUAGUGCAAGAUAUUAAGACUUUUGACUAUCUAAGGACCAUAAGCUUAUUAUAAUCUACAUCUUCUACUCAUUCUCAUCUCCCCCACUACAUCUUCAGGCACCUGCGCGCAUCCGCAACGCAAGUUGUUCGGAAGCUGCCAGCGGAUGUGGUGGAGGAAAUUGUUGCGGUUCUCAAGCUCCAUCUACGGGACCUUCAGGGGAAGGUCAUAGAACUAAAGAAAGCACAAAACAUGCGACCCGAAGAUGUCCUGGAAUUGCCACUACACAACAGCGGCAUGGAGUUAAGAUUGGAAUAUCAGUCCUCAUCGUUAUUUGUUGUUCAGUAGAGUCUUCAGCAUUCUUCUUGAAUAUUUUUACCCGCGUACUACUACUAUGCAAAUACACCUGAUACAACUAGACAUUACUUGCGAUUCAUUCAAUUUUUUCGUUGCGGGUAUUUUUAACUCAAACUCAAUGAAUAGCACAUCCACAUGAUACAAACGUCGGAGAUCCACAUGAUACAAAUCGGCUACAACAAUUUACUUUCAAUAGAUCAAGCUCUAAAAUAGGUCCACGCCUUGAAGAAUGCGCUGGAUUGGAGGGACAAUAGCAGUAUGCGAUGGCGCAUGUUUGGGCCGCUUGAGGAGUGUUUGCAGGGCAACAGAGUCCCUGAAGUAUUUUUUCAUCCUGAGACCGUUUUUCUUGUCGAUACGGUGAAACCGAUGGUCUGCGUCGAUUACGACGACGUGGAACGAGGCAACCUUCUUCUUCUUCAGGCAGGAGCUUCAAGAAAUGGAGAUAUCAAUAGUAGUUCUUUUGACCAAGCAGAUAGACAAGCUGCAACUGGAGGCAUGCUGGAUCCUGGUGCAACGGGUAAUCCUGUGGUCGCAGGAAACGCAGUAGAUAACACAACUGGUGGAGCAGCUCCAGCAGUAGUGGUAGAGCAGGACAACUCGGCGUUUGCGGCUCACUUGCGAGACGCCAUGACUACGAUGCAGGAAGCCCAAAAUUAUAGCCACGUGAACACCGGUGGCAGGAUAGAAGCGGCGCCGGAGUUACUCGAACGCGACGCAGCGGGAAAUCUGGUCAAACCGGUGGCUGAUAGUAAAACUGGAGGUGGCGCUAAAAACGCACGAAACUCUGGCGGAAACAAGAUGAAUGCUAAUCCUAAUGUGGAUCAUGGCACCACUGCUGGUGAGCAUUUGCUAGACAACAGCGGCGCUGGUGUAGGGCCAGGAGGUCUGCAACAAGGAGGAGCUACAGGAAGCACAAAUUCUGGAGGUGCAGCUGCUAUGGUAGCAGCUGUGGAUCCGUACGCAAACCUCUAUUCGGACGCAGCGCGGAACUACUACAACAUGCAGCUGCUUGCGGCACAACAGCAGAUGCAGCUGCCACAAGGAAGCGGGAUCUUUUUCGUGAACGCGUUCCAAGAACUCUGUCUGUUGAUUUUGCGCCGCUUAAAGCAACCCCAUCGGAAGGGGAAGCUUGCGGAUCGGGCAAUCUUACCUCUGAUCCUGCAAUCGAAAUAUCGAGUCAGCGACGUGAAUUACGCAAUAGCGGCAGAGACGUUCUGGAGCUAUGAUGCACCUUGUGAGGUAAAAAUGACUCUUCUAUCUAAAAACAUGUAAGUAGGAGAUUAUGAUUAAAUAAUUGAAAAUUGAUAUAAUUCAAUCCAUUUAGGCAUAUUAAGCAUCUCCUAUCCAAUCCAUAAUAUAAAUGACAACAUCACGUACAGAUCUUGUUUCGCACGACUGAGGGUGAGAAGGCACAUCCCGAUCCUUUGCCGGAAACGGCUUUGCCAGGAUACUUGUCGCAGCAGAUCGUGCGAGAAGUGAAAAAACAGGGUUGUAGUUGUAAGGUGACGAUUUUGACUCAACGGCUCAAUUGGAACCGUAAGAGCGAUCUCUCGAGGACGCACGGCAUGUUCAAGGCUGUUCUAGGCAAACUUGGCGGCCUUUUCUACGAUCCGUAUUUUCUCUACUUAAAACAAACCAUAGACCCGUGGGUGGAGUGGCCUUCUAGUCGCGCUGGGAGACUCUUCAACGCGUCACAAACUGUGGCGCAAAGGGAAGAAGCUUGUCAAGCAGAAAUACUGUGCCGUUCCAAGACGAUUGACCUUCAGCCGGAAGCUGCCGAAGUGAAUCUCAAACGGCAAAUUCUAGGUUGGAUCAUAGCAAGAGGCGGGUCGGUUCCGACUGCAGAAUUACUCGAGUUUUUACCGCGCGUCAACAUCUACAGCUUGGAGGUUGCAUGGCAAGACCCCUACGGGCUUGGGAAGUUGCUCAUCCUGCCGCAGAAUAGAGUGUUUCUUCGAAGGAGAGAACAUCUUCAAGGUGAUCAUGACAGUCACAGUAGUAGUUCGACGGCAGCGGGAACUAAUGACAGCAGCGACAACAUUUUGGGUGAAGAUGAUGGCGACUUGUUGAAGAAGAUAGAGCGAGAGAUGGCUCAAGACGCCGAAGAUCGGAGAAUAGCGGAAAGCAUCCUCGCGACAGUUGUUUCGGGACAUGGUUAUGGAGCACAAGGAACGUCUGCGUCUGCUCCUAGCACAUCAAUAAAUACUGCAGCAAGUUGUACUAGUACGAUAAUACCUUGUGAACUGGUGCAAGCGUUUCGACGGAUUCUACGUGAUGCGGGUGGGACGCUUACAGUGGAAGAAUUGUGCGUUGAAUGUGUGAAAACACACGAAAAAUUCUUGUCGAGUCUCGUUGUGGCGAAAAGAAGAAUCACUAAAGCACAUCAAGAACAGAUGAAAGCUUUUCAACAACAACAACAACAACAGAGUGGAGCAGGAGUUAACCUUAACGCCGAUAUUAAAGACAAACCAGAACAAGCAGCAGAAAGUCCAGUCGAGAGUAGUGCUGAUGAGUCACAACAUGAUGUUGAAGACCUUCCACGUCUGUUGGCCGAUGAAGCGGACGAAACUGAAAGACAGAAGACUCUGGUAGCCUACACCGAAGUCGUGCAGUAUUGCUGCGAGCAACUAUCGGCGUCCCUGCUCUUCUACUCACCAGACCGUGUAUGGCUGCAGGCAGUCCUGGACGAUGUGAUUGAGGAGCUGCCUGGCAGUUCUUUGAUCGACUAUUUUCAUUGGGCCACGCCUAAGGCUCCUGCAGCUGCAUCAAGCACCAAAGCCGGAGGAAAAGAGCAAAGUGGAGGCGCAACUCUCUCCACUUCCAACGCUGGUGCCGGAAACAAGCGAACAGAUGCAAAUCGAACGGCGUCUACACAGGAUGCAAAACGAAGAAAACAAGGCCCAGCAGGUGACAACAACGAUGCUUGUUCUCUUGAAGGCGAGGGUGCCGGAGACGAUGAGAUAGAAAUCCGGAUCUUACCACCUGGAGGUGGAGGUAUUAAGCAGGCCAGUGCUCAAAACAGAAGUAGUCACAACAAGCCUCAUCUCAGUUCCUCUUCCGCCUCCGCGACUAGUACACCGGGACAGCUGCCCCUCUGGUUGUGUCCCGGAGCGCUCGUUUCCUACAAAAAAGCUGCUGUCGGUGAAGACGGUCUCCCUAUAGACCACGUGAAUGAGGACGACAAAAGUGCGCCGAGACAACAUGCUGUCGUUCUAGACACCACAACCUUUAGUGCUGCUAGUGGUACAGCACCACCAGCUUCCUCCACCGUGGCCGGGAGAGUCAAAGUAAGACUUCUUUCCUCGCAGGAGGACGACCAACUAGGAGGUCAAGUAGAUCAUCGUGAGGAGAUGAUUUUCGCUUUCCCUGUUGAGCUGCUGCCCAAAGUAGCAGAGGUGAACAGCACAGUUCGCGUCGUCGGCACAGCUAAAGAAAGAGGACAGUCUGGCUUGCUCAUAGGACUGAAUCGGGGAACCGCGAUGAAUGCUGGCACGACUGGUGUGGUUCAACUCAUCGGCAACAGGUACAUCACCCUCCCCCUUGAGAAUCUAGUGCCCAUAGCUAGCGGUGGAGGUGGUCACGGGACGGGCUACCACUGAACACGCUCACGCAUCUUAUUCUUCUUAUGCCUGCCGUCGUUCAUGGAGGAUGUUCUCACAACUAAUUGCAAAAACAAGUCAACGCAUGAUCAUAAUGACAACACAGUCAUCGCAUACACCAGAACAACUUCUACACCGCGCAUUAUGGAUGUUCAUGCUCAUGUUGCUUGAAUACGAUUCAUCUUCUGUCAUACGAAUACGAUGUAAGUACCCUUCUGCUUCCCACAUGAUGCUCGGUCAUACACAUAUCGCGCUUGUUUUAGAGUCCUCGAUUUCCAGGUUACUUUGUAGUGAUCUAAGCAAAAUAGAAAGAAAAAGAAAGAAGAUACCGAUCGAUACGCAUCUUCAAACUAUCUCGUCG